AUGGGGGCCCUCGUUUGUAAGAAAGGCAGGGACGAAGAGGCGGUGCCGCUCUUCAAGAGGGCGCUUGGGAUCCGGGAGAAGGCGCUCGGCCCCGCACAUCCCGACACGAAUACCCUAAGGUCUGACUUGGAGGACGCGGAGCGGAAGGUGGCUCAGAUGGCAUUGCGCACGGACCAGGGGAUGGGCUCGUCGGUCGGCGAAGAUACUGCGGAGAGCCGCAGUUCGGGAGCUCAGGGAACGGUCAAGUAG